AUCAUAGACGCCGAGCUACAGCUCUCACGUUAUAAAUUAAACUGAAACAUGAGUUAGAGCCGAGAGAAUGAGAGAACAACUAUCGGGAAAAUUUUCAACAUUACAUUGGACCUGCCAGUCCUUUCGUUUUUAUAUCUGUUUUCUCGUUUUUACAGGUGUUUUAUAACAAAUAAUAUGGCUACGUCCUCCAGCGCAGAACUGAGUAAGGCUGUCAAACAGCAGUACAUGGACCUCCCUCAGGGAGACAAAGUCCAAAUCAUGUAUGUCUGGAUCGAUGGAACCGGAGAGGGACUCCGCUGUAAGACCAGAACGCUGGAUUCGGAGCCCAAGUGCAUUGAAGAACUGCCUGAAUGGAACUUUGAUGGCUCUAGCACCUACCAGUCUGAGGGCUCAAACAGUGAUAUGUAUUUGAUUCCUUCUGCAAUGUUCAGAGAUCCUUUCCGCAAAGACCCCAACAAACUGGUCCUGUGUGAAGUGCUGAAGUACAACCGCAAACCUGCAGAAACCAACCUUCGUUUGACGUGUAAUAAAGUUAUGGACAUGGUUGAGAACCAGGUCCCUUGGUUUGGCAUGGAGCAAGAGUACACCAUUUUGGGCACGGAUGGACACCCAUUUGGCUGGCCCAACAACGGCUUCCCUGGCCCACAAGGUCCCUAUUACUGUGGAGUGGGAUCUGACAAGGCCUACGGUAGAGAUAUUGUGGAAGCCCACUACAGAGCCUGCCUGUAUGCUGGGGUCAUGAUCUGUGGAACCAAUGCUGAAGUCAUGCCUGCACAGUGGGAGUUCCAGGUUGGCCCUUGUGAAGGCAUCAGCAUGGGUGAUCACCUUUGGGCAGCUAGGUUCAUUCUCCACCGGGUGUGUGAGGACUUUGGUGUGGUGGCCUCAUUUGACCCCAAGCCCAUCACUGGAAACUGGAACGGCGCUGGAUGCCACACCAAUUUCAGCACAAAAGAGAUGAGGGAAGAGGGUGGUUUGAAGGCCAUUGAGGAGUCCAUUGAAAGGCUGGGGAAGAGGCAUAGCUACCACAUCCGUGCCUAUGACCCUAAAGGGGGACUUGACAAUGCCCGUCGCCUUACCGGCCACCAUGAAACCUCCAACAUCCACGAGUUCUCUGCCGGUGUGGCCAACCGCGGUGCCAGCAUCCGCAUCCCUCGCACUGUGGGCCAGGAGAAGAAGGGCUACUUCGAGGACCGCCGCCCAUCUGCCAACUGUGACCCGUACGCCGUGACUGAGGCUAUAAUCCGCACCUGUUUGCUUAGUGAGGAAGGAGAUGAACCUGUGAACUACUAGAUCUAACUAGAGCCACACCUCUGGACUGAAUCCCCUUCGCCACCACCCUUCUCCAUUCUCAUUUUCUAAAUGGCUGAAAAGUUGAACUAGUACUGUAUUUGUUGUAAUUUUUCACUGAAAUUAUUCUAACCUUCUAAAUGGCUUAAAGUUGGCUGGUCAACUUAACAUGGAAUUAAAUCUGUUUAACAUAAAAACAAACAUUUAAUGAAAGAUGGUGGCUGACAGGGCAUUGUCUUCCCCUUUUGAGUCUUCUAGUGGGGAGUAUAACUGUUUUUAAAUCCCCAUUUGAUCUCGCGUUUCCUGCAGUCUGUCGAACUGAAAUAAACUAAAGCACAUGUGGACACUGACGACUAUG